CAGUCCAUGUCCCUCCAUCCUCAGAAAAACACUUUUGCCCGCGUGCUUGCCGAAUGGCUCCUUUCGGAGGACCAUUUCACGAGGUUUCUGCACAAGGCGCUGUUGCUGAACGGAGAUGGGAAGGAAGGGAGGCCUGGGAGGAGUAAGUGGGGAGGCUGUUUCACACAUAGCAGAAUGGCCAUCCUUGAGCACCAAAUCGAUUGAGAUUUCCCCAAGGAACCCGAGCUGUUUAAUGCCGGAGGACAGAAGCAGAUAUAGCAAUUAACUUCUAAGCUUUUGGGGAUGGAACAGAAAGGCUGAAAAACUGGACUGCAAUAAAAUCAAUAGCUGUUGCCUUCUUAGAAGUACAGAAAUUUUGCUAGUUUUCACAUUGUUUCCUACCAGCUCUGGACAAGUGAUCUCUUCGAAGGCCAAGCUGGAAUCGAAGUCCAAGUGGUAAUGCUUCAGGAAUCCCAGUUUCAUUAUGAGACUAGUAGCCAGCAGUUCUGCUACAAGAACACCCUUGUCCCAAGGUGGCACGAGUUGUGGACCCGUGUGAUGAUCCGGGUGAACAGUUCCAGGGUAGUGAGAGUCACCCAAGUGGAAAAUGAAGAAAAACUGAAAGAGCUCGAGCAGUUCAGCCUCUGGAACUUGUUCUCCUCCUUCCUGAAGGAGAAGCUGAACGACACCUACGUCAACGUGGACCUCUACAGCACCAAGGUCUGCCUCAAGGUGGAGGUCCUGGAGAAAGACACCCAGUACAGCAUCAGCCUGGCCCGAAGAUUUGACCCCAAACUCUUCCUAGUUUUCCUCCUUGGACUUUUGCUUUUCUUUUGUGGGGACUUAUUAAGCAGAAGCCAGAUUUUCUACUACUCCACUGGGAUGAGCCUGGGGAUUUUGGCCUCUCUGCUAAUUGCAAUUUUCCUGAUGUCCAGGUUCAUGCCCAAGAAAAGCCCCAUCUACAUCAUCCUGGUUGGAGGCUGGUCCUUUUCCCUGUACCUAAUACAGCUGGCUCUGAAAAACCUACAGACCAUCUGCCGGUUUUACUGGCACUACCUUCUAAGUUACAUGCUCGUGGUGGGCUUCGCGAGCUUUGCCGUGUGCUACAAGUACGGCCCCUUGGAGAACGAGCGCAGCAUCAACCUGCUCACCUGGGCCCUGCAGCUGACGGGCCUGCUGCUCAUGUACUCCAGCAUCCAGAUCCGGCAGAUCGCCUUCGCCCUCAUCCUCAUCGCCUUCUGCACCAAAAACCUCGAGUACCCCAUCCAGUGGCUUUACACCACCUACAGGAAGGUGUGUAAGGCAGCAGAAAAGCCGAACCCCCCUCGCCUCCUGACCGAGGAAGAGUACCGGAUCCAAGGGGAGGUGGAGACCCGCAAGGCCCUUGAGGAGCUCCGAGGCUACUGCACCAGCCCCGAGUUUUCUGCGUGGAAGGCCGUGUCUCGGAUCCAGUCUCCCAAAAGGUUUGCCGACUUUGUGGAAGGAUCUUCUCACCUCACACCCAGUGAAGUCUCUGUCCACGAGCAAGAGUAUGGCCUCGGGAGCAGUUUUGCAGAGGACGAGAUCUUUGCGGACAUGUCCUUCGAGGACGAGGAGGAGGAGGACGUCCUGUGUCCCCCGGUGCUACAGAACCAUUUAGUGUCUUAGGGGCUGCCUCGGUAUUUUCACACAGACUGAAUCCCUUCAAGCGCUCGCGCCCUCGCACUCGCUGCGUGUGUGUCCGAGGGUUUCCUGGCCCCCUGAGGCUGGCAUGAGAUGCCACUUUAGAGGAGCCUCAGGGGCCUCCUCUCUGAACCCCUGCUGGCGUGUAAGGAUCUCGCGGGACGCCAGGGCCCGAGUCAGCUAACCAAAGAAUAGGGGCCCUUCCUUCCAGCGCAGGCGAGUCCCCUGCUCCCCUUCUCUCCAAUCGCAGGCCCUCUCACCGUGCCGUUCCUGCUGAUGCUUUCAUAGCCCUGGUAUUGGGCUUGGGCCCAUCGCAAUGCCCGAGUACUGCCAUUCAGUACUAGUGCAGACGUGUCUUCAGAGAGAGGGCGGGGAAAGUCUCCAUCUCUGCCUCUUCACAGGGAAGUGCACACGUCUCUGGGAGCUUCCUGUAUCCCCACCUUGGUUCAGAUGGCUUCAGGCUGAGCUUUGGAUUUGGCCUUUUGAGGAGAAGUUGCAUUUCUUUCUCUUUGAUUUUGACUGAAAUUAAAAUAAGUUGAUGCUUCAAUGUGGCAAGAAUCAUUGGAUCACACUGUUACACUUGUCAGCCGUUUUAAGUCUCAGGAAUUAGAGUGGUUCGACUUUGGAUUAAUUUCCUCUGGUCACAAGAGACUUUUUAAGGGUUCCUUAUGGAACGUGACACUUCAUCUAAUACUAUCAGUUUUCAUUCCCUUCGUUGGUCCCCUGUUCCAGGAAUUGUCUCCUGCUUUACCCUUGAAGUGGUUUUAGCUCAUUGUUUCAUCAGCAGUUUUGUUGGUCUUUUCCCAGAAAAGCCACUUAGCUUUGUCUGGGUCGGUUGGAGUGGGAUAGUCGGUGUCAUUUUGUUCUGGAAACUUUUGCAUACUUUUCCCCUAGAAGUUCCUUCCCCCUUUAUGCACUCAGGGACCCCCUGCCUUGGAGUUGCCAGAGAAACCAGGCAGUGUGUCUGCUCCCUCUUCCUCUUUCUGUCUCUUUUUUCCCUUCUUUGCACCCCGUGCAGUCUAGGGGGGCCAGUGGAAGAGGCUUCAUCUAGGAUAUGGUCUUCUCAGAGCAGGAGUUUUCUGCCAUGUGCCUCUGGAAUGGGGACUGGGGACAUGAGGGCAAGGAAGUUGUUUUAGUCUCCCAGUAAAAGCUUCCUGAUUAAAAAAAAAAAUCCCUCUUUAUUCAGCUGCCCGGCGUUGAAGGGAGCAGCCAAUUUGACCUCAGGAUGUCCUCUCGCCCUUGAAGGAACGGAAGCAUUUCCGUGAUCUUUUCCAUCGUGUGUGGCUCCGGCUCUUUAUCGGCUGAGAUGGAGGGCCUAAACCUUCGUUUCAGUCUCUCACCAGAAGAGAGGCUACCACCGACAAUGGGGUCUCAGAAGAGCCUUCCAUCCUGCGUCGGGUGGCCACGCUGCCAAGUGCCUUUUUCUCGUUUGACUUGCCUUGAUGUCAUUCAGGAACCUCGUGGAAUUUAGACCUCUUAGAAAAUUAAAUUUGCUUAGAGAAGAGAAGUCCAUCAGAACAGCUUACUCGGGUGUGGGCUUCACAAAGCUCUCCCGUCCCAUUGGGAACAGGAACGCAAUGGUGACUCUUGGGCAGGGAUUCUCAAAUGCCUUGAGCUCAGCAGCUGACUUUCAAAAUGGCGGUCCUGAGACGAUCCUCUGUGUGGCCAGUGACAUGAUACAGUCGUUGGGGGAAAAGAAUAAGUAGUGCAGGAGUGGGUUAUUGCCAGUGGCACUUCCCAAAACCUAGGAUAACCCCGAGGUAUCGUGAGUAAUCCCGGACUGGAUGUUCGUUCCUCAGAAAAGGAAGGGGCAGCCCCAUAGUAGGAACGGAAGAAUCUAGUGCUUGUUGGAUAGGAUGGGGAUAUGGGUGCGAGGAAGGAAUUUCCUGGGAGUCCUUCGAGCCCUGGAGGAGUAUAUUGCUUCUCUGGGAGGGAGAGGAAGAAUCUUAGACAUCUCCUUUGGGAGACUUGCUUGGGCCCUGGCCGAUUUGCCUGCUCCCAAACAAAGCUCUCCCUUUUGGGGUUGGUAUUCAGUAGAGUAGACUGAUGAAGCCAGUCCACCUGCCUUGCCUGAGUCGGGGCGAGGUGGAGUGGGAUGAUUUGUGCCCUUCCUUCCGAAAGGUGCUUCUGUGCAGGGGCAGCAGGAUCACAUUUGACAUUUAUCUCCUUGGAAGUCGGUGCAGAUGGCAGCCCUGCCGAAGCCCCAAACAGACCUUGAAAGCCAAGGACCGGCUCUUUUGUGUUGUCAUGACCUGGGCUCGAGCUCCCUCCUUGUGUUGUUCUGCCCCAGGUGCUUCAGGGCUGUGCUGAAGAGAUUGCUUGGCUUCUGAGCUUCCCCCUCUGCCGCUUAGCCUCCUGCCUCAGUCGCUACUUGAAGCCCCCAUUUAAUUUUCUUUGUCAGUCAGAGCUGCAAUUUCAGCUCUGCCUCUUCUCUGGGUUCCAGACGGAUUUCAUCAAGGACGACUGAGGGGAUAACUACAGAGUGGGCUGAAUGUUGCAGCCGCGUCUGCUGCCCUACAUCAGGCCAGAAAUUGGCCCAAGGGCCCUCUUUAAUCAACGCUGGCCAUCUCUUGCCCUGUGGGGAGGGAAGCCUGGCUGCCUUGAUCUGCCAAUCGGAUUCUGCCAGCUUCAAUUCAGUCGCCAUUGGACCCCUUCCCAGACCUCGUCAGAAGCUCCCAGCAGCCCCCUUUAAUCCCACCAAAAAUGAGUGAUCUCUAGCCAGAUCUCUUACUCCUGUGUCGCGGGGGCCAGGAAUGACCCUUUGGAUCCCAAUGUUCUGAUCCACCCCAGCCCAAAUCAGAGCAUCUCCGUGUAUGUGGGUGCGAUCUGUACAGCUUGGGGGUAGGAAGGGACCAGAGAGAACCUGGUAAGUCGCAUCCAAGCACUGAUAUCUUCCUCCCAAGCCUUGAAAGUGGAUUGGACUUGGUCCCUUGGUCCCUGGGACUUUGCUUCCCCUCUGCAGAUCCCACCCCAGCCAGAAGGCAGAGCCCCACGGAAGUGGGUGGAAGAACGUUCCAGGUUGCAUGCUGUUUUUCUUUGAAAUGAAGGGAGAGUUAGAGAAGAGGAAAUGAGAUGGCCUUUAAGUAUCCCCUCCGGCCCAGUCAGACAACACCCCAUGGAACUGUCGGAAUGGAUCGGAACCGCCGACGAGGGUCGUUUCCCAUUUGUUGUGUCUACACGUUCUGCCAGCACUGAAACCAAGUAAUGAAUCUAUAAAACAGACAUUGCCCACAGCCAAUGCACGCUUCUGGCUUCUGCAGGAACAGGAGUAAACUGAACUAUGCAAGUAGUGGAGCUCGGGCUCCUGUGAAAUCUUGGCUCUAGUAUCAAUACGGGUUUGGAAUUUGCUUUUUUAGUAAAUGAAACCUUGGGAAUCAGGUUCCAGUUCCGAACUAGGGAAGGGUUUCCCUUAGGUUUUACAAGCUAAGGCUGACUCCUGAGCAUUCAUUCAAUCAUUCAACAAACAUUUAUUAAAGGGGCAGCUAGGUGGCUCUGGAUAGAGAGCCAUGCCUGGAGUUGGGAGGUCCUGGGUUCAAAUCUGUCCUCAGAUACUUUCUAGCUGGGUGGCCCUGGGCAAGUCACUUAACCCCAAUUGCCUAGCCCUUACUGCUCUUCUGUCUUGGAAUCAAAACUCAGUAUUGAUUCUAAGACAGAAGGUGAGGGUUUUAAAAAAACGUUUUUAAGCACUCACUGUGUACUGAGUAUUGCAUUAGGUGCUGAAGUUGUUAGAAAGCUCCUCCUCCUCUUGGAGUUAAAUGCCUUAAGGGUGAAAGCUGGCAUUCCAGGAGCACUAUUGAGGCAACUUUACACCAAGACCACUGCCCCUUAGCAGGCUCUUGGCCUCACCUAAUGCCUCUUUCCUCUGUGACAAGUUUGAAGAUGGUGACAGUGUCUUGAGUCACUCCCAGGAAGUUACUUGUGUUUAAAUCCAUUUUGGGUCAAGCUAAUCAUUACUGAUGAGAGGCAUUAAAUCUCAGCUGUGCUCUUCUCAGAGUAGACUGGGUCCGCCAUGUGCCUUUGGAAUGGAGGGAGGGAAGGGGGAGUAUUGGCUGGUGGGCAGUGCCUCAAUGCUUGCCUUUUUAAAAAGGCGUUUCUGUUACGUGUUUGGAAUGUCUUUGUAGCCUCCCUUCAUCCCUCUCCCCCUUUAAAAAAUAUUUUAUUCACUUGAUCUUUGUCAUAUAGCUUGUAAAAAGUUUUAAUAAAGUUUUAUACACUGCA